AUGGCGAUGAGGGUGAUAACAGAAUUGUACGAAAGGCUGAAACGGAAACUAACCAUCGAACAACGAAGGUCAAAUAGUACAAAGUCGAAAUUGUCGCGAACUCAAAGCGCAAAAGAAAUGAGGCAAAAGAGGAGUGAAACUGGCACAAUAGUGGUUCGACCUCGCGCCGACACCGAAAUUGUCAUCGAAAAGCGACGAUACUCAAAAAGUGUGAGCGCUUCGACAAACUCAACCGACAACAACAACAAAAUAACGGUUCAUAAGAAACCUUCCAAACCUACCACAUCUACCGCUAGUAGCCGACGAUCACGUGCCGACUCUGCACCAUCGGCUCCAAUUGUGUCGGUUCGCCGGCCGAAUCCUAGUCAUCUUGGUUUGGUCUCCACUGGAUCGAUGUUAGCACCAACCUAUCGAAGUCGAACAGCUACUGUUGGAAAGGCCACUACUGUUGUACGGGUUACUGUAGAGUGA